CAAUCACAGAACGUUCUUCAAAGUGAACCACUGACCACAUGGGAGUGUGAAAAAGUGACGAAUGUACCAUCACAUAUACGGAAUGGAUACCGCCUGAGCGGAUUUUACAGGAAGUAUCUUCACGCAUACGGUAUCCCUGUGAUUAGUUCCCAAAGAGCCACAGAUGCCGCUCUCCGUAGAGCUUGUUACGUGGUAGUGUUCCUGUUCGCAGAUCGCCGGGAUAUUCGCCGCUCGUUUUAUCAACGUCGUGGACGAGCAGGCGUGAUCGCAGUCACCGAGGGUGUUACGAGUAUUCCAGAACAUUCCUGGCUCCAAAGCUGGUGGAACCAGAGAGCGAGGGGUCUAGGAGCUACUGUUACACAUCCUAUCUCUACAUGUGAGUAAAGGCUAUGCCUUUCUUAUCAACCCUUUCAUUUUUAAUGGUGACUAAAAUCAAAAGUCAACAAAAAUUCUAAAUUUCAUGCCCUAGAAUCCUGAAAAACAAAUAGUGCGAAUGGUCGCACCCCCUAGAUUUCAUCACCUUUCAAGUCUCCAUCAUUCGCUCGAGGAUUGAAAGCGCAAAAUGUUGUGCUAUUGAAUGGAAAGAAUCAUAAUCCAUUGAACAAAAUAAUACAACCAAUUGCAUUUUAGGAUAAGGUAAAUUAGGAUGGCGCAAGUAUUGUCUUUUUAAUUUCCUUGAGCAAAUACCCGAGCUGUUUUGGGCAUGUGGCGUUAAGAUUGUAGUUUUAAGGUCCAGAGAAAGUCUAAGUUAACAAAACCAAAUAGACUGAUGAGAGGGCUAAAAUAACGCACUACCCUAUUCUUUUACAUUUUGAUCUUAUCAUUUGGCUUCCGGCCGAAAAUUUUCUGGUAAUUUCGACAUACACUGCUGUGGCUCAGCGGCUUCUCCGAGGAAUUAAAAGUACACCACGUUUCUCUUAAUUUCAGGUGGAGAAGAAAAUAUCCUUUGCUACAAAAAUGGUCAAGAUCGGUACCCAAGGGAAGACAUCUUUCUUCACGAAUUUGUCCACGGACUCCACAACCUUGGUGUCGUCUACGCAAUUCCAAACUUCGAUGGGAGGUUGCGCCAGCGAUACAACUACCUUAAAAGAACUGGCUAUCGAUGGAGGAAUACAUACGCCAUGUCAACUGACCGAGAGUAUCUUGCUGAAGGAGCUCAGAGUUACUUCAACUGCAACGACGAACAGAACCCGCCGAAUGGCAUUCACAACCACGUCAAUACUAGAUCAGAAUUGAAGUCAUACGAUCCUGUUCUGUAUGGAUUCUUAAAGGAAAUAUUCCCCUGCCAAAACAAAUUUCUGAAGCGAUGUGACGCGAGGGCCGGUACGUCAGUCUUUUUUUAAAUCUUUUUGUUUGCUUGCUUUUCUUUAUUUUUUUUUUUUCUCUUUCUCUCUCUCUCUCUCUCUGACUUAAUACGAGGCUAGCCUACAUGUGUCUGUUCUGGGUCCCCAGCUGUGGGCCAGAAUUUGAGGGCGAUCCAGGAUUAGCCUCUUAAACAAGUCAUUGUUCGAUUGGCCAAUAAGGUUAAAAUGGAAACGCACCUCCGGUAAUUCGUUGGGUUCGUUGGGGACCAAAACAAAGAGUGCAGCGCUGUUUCGCAGACGUUACUAACCGGGAUUAGAUUUCUUCUGCGACGUAGGCUAGGUACUCGCUUUCCGUUUCUUUUUUUUUUAGAUGGUCACAUCACUACAUGGAGAAUAAUAUAAAAUGUUACUAUCCAAAAAUGACCGGCAAGACGAGAGUUUGACCGGUCAAGUCCAGGAUCAGGCCGGACAUUGCCAGUUGUCCGGCCGUUAUUUUGAGCCCUGCACAUAUAACUCCUUCAUAUUGUUCUAUGUCUUCAGGUUUAAAGCCUCACAACUUUAAAAUGAACUGUGACAGUAGUAAGUAUAUCUCGUCUCUUUUUUAAACUUGCUAUUACUGACAGCGAAAUUCGUUGUAUCGCGCUAUCUGUUUUGCAAAUUUCGGGUUUUUCUGUUCCGUCAAUCAUCUUAGCGGAGUUGAAAAGCUCAUGGUUUGUGAUUCGAGAUUGGUGGGUUUCGAUCCGUUUUGUUUGUUUCCUGUUUCAAGGUUUGUUGCUUUGUGAUCGUCCUGUUUCGGGCAAUAAUAAUCGACUAGUUAAGUUUGCUUCGCAGAUUUUUCUGAUCUUUCUCAUUCUUGUCACUUGCGAGAAUAAAGCAACGUCCGCCUCCUUCCUUCGACAAAAAAUCCACCCACCAUCGCGAUUUCCUUCGCUAUUUUUGAGCAGUCUAGUGAUUUGCAUUAAUCCCGCCUUCACCAAAAUGAUUGACGGAACAGAAAAACCCAAAGUCCCUUCGAAGUUAGAAAAAAACGCGUAGCGCGAUACAAUGGAUUUCGCUGUAAAAGGACCUCAGAAGAAUUUUCCUCUCUAGUUCAACAAACAAUAUUUGAUCCAUUAUAAGACUGCGCGCUUGAUUCUAUGGAGUCUCAUCGAUUUAUAAAUAGCAAGGAUGCUCUCAGUAUGUUAUUUUUAUGUUAGACGAUUCGUCGAAAGUUUCGAUUUUUCACGUUUCAGCUUGAUCUUGUUCUCUGAAUAUGAAUAUGUCGACAAACGUAUAUAAAAUAAUUUGUCAUUUUUUCCUUUCUGUUGACAGAUGGUAAUGGAAUCUUAAUGGAUUUCAAAACCAAGCGUCCAGUGGGAACAAAGCCAACACCUCCCAAUACCCCACCCCCUCCAAAUACCCCUCCACCCCCCAAUUCCACGCCCCCUCCAAACACCCCACCACCUCCGAAUACCCCUCCACCUCCAAAUACCCCACCCCCUCCAAACACCCCUCCUCCUCCUAAUACCCCGCCCCAUCCAAGUACUCCUCGGACGCCAAAGCCUCAAACCCAAAGACCACCC